AUGCAGCCGAUACAAUUGUCUUCCGACUCCGAGUCCCCCGACUCCGCGCCCGCUGCUGAUGAUCUUCACAAUCCACUAGUCAUUAGAGACAAGGGUAAACAACUUGAAAGUGCUUCAAAAAGGAAGCGAGCCUCCACCCAUGGCGCUGAGCAGUCUAAUUCCCGACGGCGCACGCGCGAGCCAGGCGUAGAUGUGGAGGACGGAAAGGAGGGCGAUAUGGAUUUCGACCCGGAUCAGUCCAUGGUGGAAAGGCGCAAUCUCCAACGCGGGUAUCGGGAUCUGCUGCGGGAUCUCCAAGAAAACGGUGAUGAAUAUCUCAAGCAGGAUUCUACCGGCUUGCACGAAACGCUACGAAAGGCGAACCUACUGUUAUCCGGCGUGAAGCAAACCACCGAGGCUACUAUCGACUCAAAACUCUUGGUGAAUACUGCUGACGCAUCAUAUCGCAAGACAGUCCGUCUGACCUCGGGGAGUGCUGCUCAAGGUAUUGAUGUUGACGAAUUUGUGUCAAAAUGCAUCACCUACAUGAGACUAGGGGCAGGGAUUACGGAAGACGACGCCCCGGAGCUUACCGCUACACAGCAGCACCGAAGACGGCCGGGCCGCGGUGCCCUCGGCGACGAAGGGGACGACUACGAUGAUGUUGGUGACGAAGGGGACAUGCUCAACUGGGAGCAUCUCGGCCGCUUUGGAUGCCUCCCGAACAUUCGACGUCCGGCUGCACCCGGCUUCCUCCUCGGCCCUCUGUCGGCCGAGGUGAAAAGGCGGAAGAUUAUCAAGCGCAGUGCCCCGUUCCGACCGAACAAUCUAUUAGAAACGAGACCCGAGGUUCUCAAUGCAGAGGACGUCCAGAGGGCGGAGAAGAACGAUCUUACUGCUAUCUGCUCCAAGAUUCUCCAAAGGCUGAAGCAGGUGCAAGACGAAGCCCAGGAUGUGGUAGAGGAGGCCGUCAACCGCGGCGCUAGCGAUGAGGAGGCACAAAGACUGAUGGACCGCCACGGCUUGAGGGACACGGGCGGUAUAGAUCUCUUGAAAUUUGUGGUGAACCCGCGCUCCUUUGGACAGACGGUGGAGAAUAUGUUUUACGUCAGCUUUCUGAUACGAGACGGCCGCAUCAAGAUCGAUUUCGACGAGAAUAAGCUACCAACGCUACAUCCGGCCGACCGUGAGGACGAAACCGGUUCCACCAAACAUCGAGCUCAGAAGCAGCAAGCCGUAUUAUCUAUCGAUAUGAAGACCUGGAGAGACAUCAUCGAUGCAUUCCACAUCACCGAGCCGAUCAUAGAGCAUCGCAUAGAACAAAGUCACCAAGGGCCUGGAUCGCGAGGCUGGUAUAACUAA